AUGGCCAGCAUCGCACCUGGAAGAGUCUUUACUCCUGGUCUGGACUUCACUGCUCAGUCCUACAGCGACCUUGGCAAGAAGGCUGAAAAGGACGUCACUCGGGCGCACGAAAUCAUAAACGAGAAACUUCCAGUUCUAUCACAGCUCAAUGCCUUGAUUUCCUUGAGUUUUGGGGACCGCCCUCCUGUUUUCCUUGAUGCUCGUGGAUCUGAAGCUAAGCUAGCCGACUCGUCAACUGAUGAGCCUGACACUAAGCUUACCAUCAAGCCUGAGUACAUCUCACAAUUCUAUGAAGGCAAAUUGGAACCGCGUUAUGGCCUUUUCAAAGAUGCCUUCUUCCACGAGGCCUCAAUGCCCAAAGGCAACAUUCCUAUUGCAAUCAAAUUCGCCGACCUACUCACUCCCAACCCUCCGGUCCCGCCCAAGAAGGUCACGCCCGGCGCUUUUCCUCGUCUUCCUAGCCCCACAGAAGACAUCGAGCAGGUUAAGCGUGACAUAAAAGAGUUCGGCUAUGGCCUAGUCAAGAAUGCUCUCAAUCCUGAGCAAGUUGCCAUAAUGAAGAAAGCCACGCAAGAGCAGGCGGCUGGUGAGCGUCAGGCCGGUGUCUCUGCUGCCGACGGUGGACCUAAUGCUCCAAAUCAACGCAUUUGGACCUUGGUCAACAAAGGAGAGGAGUUCUUGGAUCUCCUGAAUCACCCUCUGAUUGACGAAAUCGUUCCCUGGUUCCUGGGAUAG